AUGGAGGUCGUCCCCCCGGUGAGACCCAGCCUCUUGGGGAUCCUGCUGCAGGUUCUGCGACUUUCCGUGCUGCUUGUCCAGAACCGGGCGCACCUGUACAAUUUCCUGCUGAUCAAGAUCACCCUCUUCAAUGACUGGGUGUCGGGGCUGGCCCAAGAGGCUCGCGGGGACAGUGGCAGGCAGCCCCGCCCUCCACCGGAAGUCCUGGCCUGUCCCCUGGGCCGGGCACUGACGUGGGUCCCCAUGUGGCUGCUGCUGUGUGGCCCCAGGCUGGCGUGGGCAGCCGUGCUGGGCUGUGUCCGGACCUUGGGCCUGAGCCUGCAGCGGCUGGGCCUGUCUGUGGCCACCUGGGGGGACCUGCUGCUGUCGUGUCUGCACAGCCUGAUGCUGGUGGCCUUGCUGCUGGUGCUGCUGACCUGGAGGCUGUUCCAAAAAGCCCACCGCUGCAGCCUGGGCUGGCUGCCUGGCCAGGUGCUGUUGAGGAACCGCGUGGUGCUGGAGCUGCCGAGACGGCUGUCCUGGUGGGUGGAGAGCACCACAGCGCUGGCCUCUUGGCACCUGGCCUACCUCGUCACCUGGACCACCUGCCUGGCCUCGCACCUGCUGCAGGCUGCCUUUGAACACACCGCCCAGCUGGCCCGGGCCCAGGAGACCCAGCCCCCAGAGGCCCCCGGGCCCCUGUACGAGUCCCCACUCCCUAAGGCUUCCACCCCUGAGUCUGGGCCUGUCCUGCCAGAGCCCGGGCCCCCUGGAGAAUAA